AUGGAAAGGUUCUUUGGUGACAAAAUUGUAUACGGAGAAGAAAUGAUGCAAUCGGACACUGGGGCCACAAUGCAACUUAAGACUUUGGGAGGGUAAACGUUUCCAGUUCAGAACAGGUUUUCCUCUAUUGCGCAAAAACUGUUUAAGCGAAGCCGUCGUUUUUAAUAUAAGAUACGGAGGGUUCUGGGAUUUUGAAGACAGAACGAUAAUCCCUUUCAAAAUUCCGGGUGAAGUGACAAUUCAAAUCGAAAUCCACGAUGACGGAAUAGAAGUAAGCGAACUUUGAACAGUAAAGACGACCGAUUCCGAAUUAAUUAAUUACAGACCACGUUUGAUGGUGUUUAUAUUCUUUUUUUUCCGCACCGAUUGGUGUUUGCGAACGAUCAAGUGCUCCUAAUUACGGGAGAUGUGGAAGUACCAUAUAUCGCUUUUGAUGGGACCGAUCAGCCGAACACGAAUGGGACCGAUCAGCCAACACAUGCUGAAGAAUACGAGGACGGAGAACAACUUGAUGACGAGGGGGAAGACGGUGAAAGCGAACAACAGCCGCAAGUCUAUGAAAACUGA